CAACUUUUUGUUUUUCCAUUUCCUCCUAUAGUUUUCAUAUUUAGAAGUCUGCCUUGACAAAGAAAAAAAGAAAAAUAGCAUUCAUAUAUCUCUGCAUUAUAUCCCGAAACCAUGGUUUCCUUUCGAAACAUCUUUCUGAGCGAAACUCAGCGGCAAGUCGAAGCUGAGGCACGAAACAUUGGAUUGGCUCACACUAUCCGGGAUCUCAUCACUGGUGCUAAUCAUGAGAUCCACGUUGAUAGCUAUCAAAAGAAAAAGGCUGUUAAAGCGCUUCAGAAGGCGAAACCAGCCCAAGUGAAUGAAUUGAUUACAAUCUUGAAGGCGAUGCCAGAUCCAACCGUUGGAGAGUUCAAGACAGUACACAAUCGGGAGCACAGCAAGCAGCAACAGCAUUCUAUUCAAGAUAAUGCUACAAGGAUGAAGAUAGCUAUCGAUUCUUCUGAUCAUGGCGAAUCAAGUUUAAACGACAAAGCGAAUCAAAAAGUGGACAACACAAAUAACGCCAGCUCUGAGUCCGAACUAGCGCCUGAUGUGAAUCAGCAACCUGCAUCAGAACCAGAGUCGGAUGUAAUAAAGGCACCAUCAUCUUGGUGGGCGAUCUCAUUUUCUUCGCUUAUGACAGCAUUUGCAUCAUCUACGUCUCCUAAGGAGCAGCCUUCUGUAAGAACGACUACGACAACUAUCACAACCAUCACCAUGGCUGAAGAAGACACAGAGCAAAAAGAGAGAGAUGAAGUAAAACCUCCAGUAGAAGGAUCAUCCACAGAUUCUACAACGAAAACAACGGCACAAACUGGAAGUACAGACAGUGCAGAAAGCACAAAAAAUACAGAAAACAUUGAAAGCAACAGCAAAAAGGGAACGGUGACCAAGACAACAACAUCUUCCACUACUAUCGCUACCAAUGCAACAGCAGACAAGACAACUCUUGUUUCAACCAUUAAUUCCAUUAAGCAGCAAGUUCUAGCAUUGACCAAAGCGCCCCCAAACGAUGUCAUCAGCGCUUAUACUUAUUGGUGGGGUUACGAGAUUUAUGUGCCUCACAAUUGCAUGGCUAAACUACAACGAGUCACCAACACAAGUCAGAUCUUUUUCGGGUUCCUAAGUGGAGCCGUAUCCGGAAUUCCAGGAUUGGCCGCUCUAGUUCCCCUUUCGAGAAUCAUCUCUGCAUGGGUUGGGUUUCAAUGGGCGUUGAUUCAAGCAGAAGAUCUUGGAAAGGGCGUUGUAUUAUCAGCUACAUGGGUACUCCCGGUGGCAUUGGCGCCAAGAUCGUGGGAUUAUCUAGGAACAGAGGAUGUCCCAGCACCAGCAGGAAAUCCGGUCACUAAGAAGCAGAAGCAGAUCAAAGCUGCAUAAGAUCGAUAAACUUGUAUAUACCACUAUUAUUCCUAAAGGACUGUAUCCC